CAAGAAAACAGAAGUAAGUACACGGUUCGGCUGCGUGAAAUUGCAGAAAAAAAUGGUUAGAUAUGUGACGGUCUUCAUCCUUGUGAUGAUCUUCGCAGGAGUUUUAGGCAAGGGUUCCAAAGGACCCAAGACUCCCAAGACCCCCAAGACUCCCAAGACCCCCAAGACUCCCAAGACCCCCAAGACUCCGCCCACGCCAGGGAAUUGCUUCAGCCCAAAAUAUAGGGAAUUGGAGUACAAGACAGACGAAAUAGUUGUAGAUACGCAAGGUUCUAGCUAUCAGUCGUCGUCCACAAUUGCCUUGUACUUGGCCAAUUAUACGGCGUGUGUUUUGGAAACCAGAGUUGAAGGAGACACGUCUUCAGUAAUUCAGACCAUUUACGAUUACAAUGACUUAAAGGAAUACGUAAUAAGAGAGGACGGAAAUUGCACGGAGCAAAGUAUACCGGGAAAUAGAAGUCUCGCAACCGACUUUCUUUGCAUUCCAGGAACGGCCACAUGUGACGAUUACGUUACUCUCGGAGUUGGCCGAGGGGACAUGGACGCUUUUAUCUGUAAAAUGGACAAAGAAGAGGAUGGGAUGGUCUACAAUUACACAUACAUUACCCAAGCAAAAUCAAACUUCCUGGUAUUUAAGAAGAUGUUCGGAAUAGGCGCAGACAACGGGACAGCCAAAGCGACACUCUUCGAGACAUUCGUCGUGAAGCCCAACAAGACAGCCAACAAGACAGACGACGGGAAAGACGACACACCCACAGUCAGUAUAGCCAGCCAUACGUAUUGUGCAUACGACCUCAAAUACUCAAUAACAGAUCCAAGCAUGUGCAACAUACCUCAGAGUUGUACAACAACAAAAACUAAAUUUCCUUAUGAUAGAAGUUGGGAGGAGGCGGAAGUGAAAACGAAGAACAUUCGUGGUAGAAGCUGGGAGGAGGCUGAAGUAAAAACGAAGAAGAUUCAAGUGCUCUGAAACUACAACAGGAACAGAAAAAAAGCAUAACAAAGGAUCAGUUUGUGGAAGCAAAGACAGAAAAGUUCGACAAAGAUGAAAUGAAUAUUUAAAUUGAAACGCGAUUUAUUUUCCUAUUUACCGGCACGCACAGACACUUAACAUUUUCGUUUGUACGGAUUUACUUUUUAAGGUACCUAAAACAUGUUUUUUUAUUCUUGAUCACACCAGUAGUUAUUUCAGUAACAUAUAAACUUAAUAACAUGAAAAAAUUGACAAUUAAAACACGGUUAUAAUAAAGGGUUCAUAACUCGGCUUUAAAGCAAAAUAAAGCCCAUGAACAGGUCCUUUGUUAUAGUUUUCAAAAAUAUUGACGUUUUAGCCGGUAAUUUUGAUUAUAAUAUAGGAUAUCUGACUCAGCUUUAAAACAGAAAGAAAGCCCGUGGUCAUGAAUUAGCCCUUUGUUAUAUUUAGCACUGCUGCGUAUGCCUUGGCACAUAUCUGCCUCUUAUAUAUAUAUAUAAACGAAGAUAUUAAAUAGCAAUGACGCAAUGCCUCACUAUACACAAUGUUUCAAAACACAUGAUGCAGAAAUUUAUCUGGACUGCUGAUAGACUUUCGGCGACGUGGAUGAAGAUUAUGUUGAUUACGUUUUAGCAACUCCUAUUGACGUGUAAUUCAUUUCUGGAAUAGAAUACGAAUCAUUAAUUGAUAAUGAACAUACAGCUUUAUAUCCAUUCACACUUGUCACUUGUAUAUGAGUAGAGGUUACAUUUACCUGAAUCUUUAUUAAAUAGCUAUGAUAGCGUAUACGCAAUGCAUCAAAACACAUGAUGCAGAAAUUCAUCUGGACUGCUGAUAGACUUUCGGCGACACGGAUGAAGAUUAUGUUGAUUACGUUUUAGCAACUCCA